GCCCGACUGAGUUCGAAGAUUCAACAAAAAUACGGAGGAUUCUCAAGCCAGCUUUGCACCUGUCUAGAGUGAAAGUGUCACGUUCUUAACAUUGACUUCCAGAAUACUGCGGCUCACGGGUUCGUUACUAUAGAAUGCCUCAAACUUCUGUGCAUAUCGGCUCCCUUGAUAGCCUCCCCUCCACUGCUUCUGCUGGUCUCAUCUUCCUGCAAAAUUUGCUUCUCGCACUUGACUCGCUUGAACCGGCAACCGAUUCGCUUGGAACGUUAGUCGCUGCCGACGCCCCAUUCAUUAUUAACGGUCAGACUGUUGGGACAUUGGCAAAGGUGACAGAAAUGUUUAAGAUGCGCAGUAAAAAGCUAUCUAAAUUCCAUCACAACGUUCGAAAGGCAUGGGACAUUGCCCACGAUGAUAGCUCGCUACCGCGACGAACAGUUAUGUACGAAUCUACCAGCGUAACCGUUUUCAAGGACGAUCCGGAGCAGCUCAAUGUGCAUGUGGAUGAGUUCAAUAUUGUGGAGUUAGAACUCCGGCCGCAAACUAAAUCUGAAACCACGCAGUACCGGGUAGUUGAGCUCAAAACCUUUAUGGAUCAACAGCCAGUACGGGAGCAGGCAAUGAAGUUGGCACCUUGAUUCUCAGAUGUUACAGUGACGAUGAUAAUGGCUCAUACAAUGACCCCUCGCUUGAAGCGAUAUGCACAACUAUAGGUAUCUGUAUCUACCUAUUAAUGUACAGUGACCCAUUACAUGCCGAAAUAUUUCGACUCUCAUCAAAGCCCAUAGUGGCCUACGCAUCUACUAUUCUGUUAUAGAGCCCUUGUGAAGCGUUACUACAAGAUCUCUAACAGCUCCUGCAAAGCCUAGCACUACCCCUAGAGUGCUGCCAUCUUGUAUGCAGUUGUUCGUCUCACCUUUCUUACUUUACCCGUGUCCUCCUCCGCCCAACAUACCCGAAAUAUUAUUGAAUACAUACCCAAUUUCCCCCGCAGUUCAUGAUGUAGAUAGAUUCUUUGGUUUUGAAUAGUCCACUAAAACAUGGACCUGUUUCAUUCGCUCCACGUUCGUGUUCCACUUCAGGGCUUGGUUCACGGCGCCUUGGCAGUGGGGCAAAAUG